AUGGUAACACCUGGGACUAAAAUCGUGCACGAAAGAUCGUUCUGUGGUAUUCGCAAUCGAAGGGUACGACUGGCGUUUCUGCUGCGCGUCCUGUUUGUACUGUGCCUGGGCUCGGUGUAUGUGCUCAAUCUUGCCCUAGUUCCGGCGAGCAGUGAUACCCGUGGUGCUCGAAGCAGAAUCAAUGAUGGCGCACCACUUGCACGACGACUCUUAACGUUGCCUCAGAGCGAGGUGGAGUUACUGGAUCUCGUUAACGGAACGCUAGUACCGGAGUUUACCACCGAGGUGCCAACGUACGAAACCACCCUUGUGCCGGAAGCUGUCGGUAACGGGACGAACGAAACUUCCGGUGAACCACCGCGGGAAGAGCGCAACUGCACACCGGCCGCCAUCUUUGAGUUUCCGUCGGAUGGGUUUACGCGCGAAGAUCGACGCCACGGGUGGAUAAUAGUGCACCUUGUCAUCGCCUGCUACUGCUUUUGGUUGCUAGCCAUCGUGUGCGAUGACUACUUUGUUCCGGCGAUCGAGUUGAUGUGCAAAAAGCUGCAGGUGAAAGAAGAUGUCGCGGGCGCUACAUUCAUGGCGGCGGCCUCGUCCAGCCCGGAGCUGUUUAUCAACUGCGUCGGAACGUUCGUUACCAAGGGUGAUCUUGGUGUAGGUGCCGUCGUUGGUUCGGCCGUGUUCAACAUUCUUGCCGUUCCGGCCGUCUGCGGUCUACUGGGUGGACAGGUUGUGCAGCUAAGAUGGUGGCCUGUGACCCGCGAUUCCAUGAUGUACGGGAUCGCCGUGAUCGGUUUGAUCGGGGUCCUGUACGACGGACGUGUGAUGUGGUACGAAGCCACGAUCCUUGUGUCAGCAUACGUGCUGUACAUCGCUGCAAUGUACUGCAACGAUACUAUCAAUCGUUUUAUGUCGAAAACCUUCCGCCGGAAAUCUUACAUUCGCCCGUACACGGAAGUAACGGAAAUCUCUCCCCUCCUGUCCAAUGGAGGGAACGGAAAGUCCGCGGCCACCGGGGCCAAGAAUGGUACCAACGCGCAGCAUGCCUGCGAUAGUGAUGCAAGCGAUGACAGCUUCGAGGAGUACGAACUCGCGACCUCACCGUGGAACCACCGGGAUGACAGCCUGUUUCCAUUCAUCUGCCGCUGGCCAAUCACCUUCAUCCUGUGGACGACGAUUCCGGACUGCCGGCGCUAUCCUAAGCUGCGCCUGGUGACGUUCUUCGCGUGCAUUUUCUGGAUCGGCAUUACGUCCUACUUUGUGGCGUUCCUCAUAACCGUUGUUGGUGACACUAUUGACAUUCCGGACUCGGUGAUGGGCCUGACGUUCCUGGCGGCCGGUACCAGCGUCCCGGAGGCCGUUUCCAGCAUUAUCGUCACCAACCAGGGGCAUGGUGAGAUGGGCAUCAGCAACUCUAUCGGUUCGAAUACCUUCGACAUCCUGCUCUGCCUUGGGCUACCGUGGCUGAUCAAGGCGCUCGCGUUUCCGGCGGUACCGGGCGAACAGUGGGUUUCGCUUAACUCGUCCGGGCUCACGUACGCGGCUAUUGCCCUCCUAUCAACACUGUGCGGUCUCUAUCUGGCCUUCUGGUGCAAUCGCUUCAAGCUCGACUGGAAGGUGGGCUUGACCUGCCUGUCGAUGUACAUUGGCUUUCUGACUAUGUCCAGCUUGAUUGAGCUGAACGUGUUCUUCCCAGUGAAUCUUCCAACUUGUCCACACUGAUAACGGCAUAGAAUGUAGUACAUAGGGAGUCGCGUCCGACAUCCCACUUGCAUUAAGUUUACCGUUCCGAUGCCAUCCUUCCAGCAGUUUACAUUAUCAUCCUAAUAUAUAUAGGAUAAUUUUGUUUGUUAAGAUCGAGAUUGAAAAUAUUAUCGUAGAGUGGAUAAAUAAACCAUGUUAUGUUUAAUUAUGGUUACAAGAGUGGAUAAUAUAUCUAUCCCUUAUGGAUGAGAA